CAACCUUGCCAUGACCAAUAUUCCUGCAGGACACGCGUCAAUAUCACUUGGCCCUGAGGCAACAUGCCGACGCCCUACGCACGUAUCGGCAGACCUGGGUUCAAGACUUUAAGUUGCACCAUGACUCGCCGAGACAGUGCAUACCAUGUCGACAGCUCUCAUUCUCGGCGCAACAGGCGCAACAGGAAAACACCUCCUUCGCGAGCUUCUCUCACACAACGAAUGGUCUAAAAAGCCGACCUUCCACAGAACAGAGGCAAACUCGAACAGAAAAACAAUCGACUUUGAGAACUUGGAAGUAGCAGGGCUGAAGGACGGACGAUGGGAUGUCGUCUUCGUCACCCUCGGAACGACUCGUGCGCGGGCAGGGAGCGCAGAGAUGUUCGAGAAGAUCGACAGGGAGUAUGUGGUGAACGCCUGCAAAGCUGCAAAGACGGAUGAUCCGACACACAAACAACGUGUCGUGUAUCUUUCGUCUGGGGCCGCUAAUCCUUCCUCUUCAUUCAUGUAUAUGAGAUCAAAAGGUCUCACCGAACUAGACAUAGCACGCCUUGGGUAUGCGGACACCAUCGUCUUCCGCCCGGCUGUCUUCAAAGGGGCAGAACGUGCUGAUAAAAGGCUCGCAGAGACCAUACUAGGCUACGUGACUGGCCUCAUGUCGCAUUUUACAUCUCAUGCGGAGAUUCACGUUGCCGUUCUCGCCAAAGCUAUUAUGAAAGCGGGCAUUUUGGGUUCAUCCGGCUUAUCUCCCACUGUGGGCGCCACUAUAGCAGGAGAGGAAGGGGUGCGGUUCACUGUGAUAGGGAACAAAGGUGCACUUGAUCUCGGGCAGGGCGCGUGA